AUGGAGUCCGACAGGCGUCUUCGACGACGAAUUGUCGACAGAUAUCAUGCAUUUAGUGCAGUGAUUAAGAAGUUUCGUAGGAAACCACCCGAGAAAGCUAGUGAUGAGCUUGGUGGGGUUCAGUCAGCCGCGACGCAUGAUGUGUCGAAAGCGCCGAUAGAAGAAUCGACUUCUGGAUCGACCUCACAGCCAAAUGGAAACGAUUUCAGAAGUCAUACUGUAACCUCAGAAAAUACGCCAGCGCUUGUUCAUUCAUUAGAAACUGCUCCCGAAGAGCUCGUCACCACACCAGAAGCACAUUUGACGACACCUGAGCACACAGCAGAUAAUGUACCGAUUGAGCACCAUCUUCAGGUGACUGAAGUGCGAACAAUGGCAGCUGGGGAUUCAGAACUUCGGAUUCUGAGUGCAGACGGCAGCGGAAUUCAUCCUGACUGGCAAGGCUUUAUCAACCAUGCCAUAACUACUGAGAACCUAAUCGACGCUGGCCAGCCCAGGGUCACGUCCGGAGACAAUGUUUCCUGCUCAAGCUCACGAUUUUUCGGCUGUGUCUUCACAACGGACAGCGUACAGAGGGCAUUUGAAGUCCCCAGAGCCGGCAAUAUUGAAGAUUCGAUUGUGCUCGGGCUCCAGGGCCCUGGAGCUGCUAGCAACAACGUUCUUGCUGCAGAUCUAGUAUCAGCAUUUGCUAUUGAUACAUCCAACCUCAAGGACCCUGUUGCAACAGUCGUCUCGGUACUUAGUAGCGAAGUGGGUGGGGUCUCACGCCGCUUGAGUGUUGUCGACGAAGACGGUCUGAAGAAUGCAUGCUGGAUUCGGGCAUUGGAUGUUAAUACACUUGAGAUCUCAACUGCUCUUACCUGGAAACCGUCAACAGGUGGCGAUGUUGACCUCAGCUCGAUUCAGAACUCCCUUCAAGACACAACUGGGUUUUUUGUAGAGGAAUCAAAGCUUCGAUUUUCAGCCAGUAAUCCCCCAUUACUUCGUUUGAAGCACAGGGCAUUCAUUACUCGGGAUGGAAAUACAUUCUCAAUUGGGUCAUUGUUUGAGGUUAUGGUCGUCCUCCCGGUCUCAGGAUUCUUGAUAAACCUGAAGUCUCGCACAGGCGGCUCCUUGUCAGCAACAAUAAGCAGACCAAUUGGUAACCUUGGGGGUAGUUGGGGAGAUCUUGCUAACAUUCUCGGCGGUGGCCUCACAGAAGGCGCCAUCGACCCCUCUCAGGCCGGUAUUUUCAACGGAUUCGAGCUGUGGAAAGUUUCAAUCAAGCCUCCAGGCCGCUCUGAUUUCGACAAUCCUGGAUCGUUUAUUAUUGGGAUGUUCGUCGAGCUUGGCAUUCCUGGUCAUCCGCUCCCUAUUGGCCUUACUUACGAUACAUCGUCCGAAACUUUCUCGGGACAGCUGCUAUUGAAAUCUACUUACCAGGACCGACUCAACACGAACUUUGAUGAACUUGAAGAUCUUCCCCGCGGCAAGUGGCUGACACUACCCGAUCCGCCUGACCUAAGAACUGCUGGUCCAUUUAGUGCACUUCCUAAAUUCGUUCCUACAAGGCUUGACAGCGCCUUCAUCACGUAUAGAAAAGGCUCAGAUGGGGCGCCAUAUGAGAUGAGCUUUUCUGGUUCACUUGUAUCAGACAGUACCGCACAGAAUACUUCCGGUAAGGUUCCAUUUCCAUUUGACUGGAGUGGAAUGACCCUGGAAUACUUUCGUCAAGGUGCAUCUUCAGACACAGAGGAUGACAGCGUUGAGACUCUGAGUUUGAAUACCACCUUCGAGCUGGACUCGGUCUCCGGUCGAUUUGAAUCAGGCACCAUGGAUCUUAAUUUCACGUCCUCAACGGGCGGCAAUGGUACGACUUCAUGGGCUCUAGGAGGUAGCGUACAGUACAUUCAACUUGGUGCAAUUGCCGAGUUCAUAAAUCCCAAAUUCAAGGAAGGGAUCUUUGAUGUAAUUGGGAAGCUCAGCCUGGAUGCUCUUGAAGUUCUAUACACUUGGGACGAAGCGAGUACCGCGGACUCUCCAGCUGCUACCAGCUUCUUAUUCUCAGGAACGAUUGGUUUUGGGGAACUGAAGCUGAGAAUAUUCUACCAGUAUGCAUCUUCGGAUGCCAUACGGACUGGUAAAACAGCUGCUAAUCAGGCCAAGGACCAAGAUUCAGAGCUGAACAAAAAUCUGAAGGUCCUCGAUGGAACAGAAAUUACUCAAGAUGAUGAACCGACGUGGAUAUUCGAUGCAUACUUAGAUGCCGGGAGCGCUGGUGCCACGAUUGGUAUGAUUGCUGAUUCUAUUGUGAGCGACGCUUCCAAAAGUCUUCCGCCAUUUGUCCGCGACAUCGAGGUCCAGCCACCCGCGGGAAGCGACAAUGGUCAUCUCAUUAGCCUCCACACAGGAAAGGCAACAAAGAAAGCGAGCAACAGUAAUACUCUGGAUGAAGGAAUUGUAUUCCUCCUCAAUGUGUCUCUGUCUUCUAUCGAGUUUUCAUUCGAACAGCUAUCGUUCCCUGGCAGUGAGACCAAGCGACUCUUACGCGUAAGCGUGGGCAAACUUCCGCUGUUGAGUGGCUUACCUGUGGUGAAAGAACUCCCACAGCCGUGGUCUAAGCUACAGUAUAUGUGGAUCCCUGAGGGUGGUUUUAGUCGCAACGAAGUCGCCCUUCUGAACGAGAAGUUGGAAACCGAGUCGCCAGAUCAUAGACUCUUUUUCAAACCUGCAACUCGAGAUGCCGCGGACAAAGAUGCCCCAGGCGAUCCCACAGUACUGGUCCAAGGACAUCACUUUAUUGUUGUCGUUGACAAUGAGGCGAUCCUGGAUCAUGUGUUUGAACCAGAUGUCGCUCAAGGCUCGCCUGCUCCUCCAGGCCAAGAGUCACCGUCGCCCCCAGAUCAACCAGCCACAAACGCCCAGGAGAAGCCUCCUGCCAAAGGCUCCAUGACGAAGCAGCUUGGAAUUCUUGACGUGAGUGGAUUGUCGCUCCAAUACAAGAACAAUCACGUAUACAUCUUUGUGGAUGCAACCUUGAAGCUUGGGCCAAUGUCGUUCUCUUUAAUUGGCUUCGGGAUCGGACUGAACAUAUCCAAACUGAAGCUCAAUGACCUCUCCGCUCUAGGCGAUAGCUCGUUGACAGACCUGAUCGACUUCCAAUUGCACGGCAUGGAAGUGAGUUUCGAUAACCCGCCGAUCCUGAUAUCUGGCUGUUUUUACCAUGAUAUCAUCCAAAGAGGUGACCAGAAAAUUGAAGCGUAUCGCGGUGGUAUAGCUAUCGCAAUUCCACCUUACACGUUCGUUGCUGUCGGUGAGUAUGCACAAGUUGAAGAACGUGGAGUCCAGUUCAAGAGUGUGUUCAUUUUUGCGAAAUUGGACGGACCCAUCAUCGAUUUCCAAUUUGCAAUUUUGCGAGGCUUGCGGAUAGGCUUCGGCUAUAAUUCCAUCGUGCGGUCACCGGCAGUAGAAGAACUCUUUGACUUCCCACUUAUCAGUAACGGUGCAUCAGAAGGUGCUGGAAAUCAUCCAAUGGCGAUCCUAGAAAAGAUGUCUGGGGGCGAGAAUCCUUGGGUCCAGCUGAAAAACGAUGAGCUGUGGUUCGCGUUUGGCUUUACCAUAAGCUCCUUCAACUUGAUAUCAGCAACUGCGGUUGCUCUGGUACAGUUUGGUGGCGCUGGUCCUGUCUUCAGAAUUUUUGGCGACUUAACGAUUUCGUAUCCUCCAGAUGAUAUCUCAGCGACGGCGAAAUUGUUCUACAUUGAGGUAGUGAUGAUGGCCGAGCUGAAUUUUGCCGAGGACUGCUUCAAAGUGGAAGCUGCUCUUGCCCCUUCAUCUUUCGUGUUCGUUCCAUAUUGUAGAUUGAAGGGUGGGUUGGCACUUUAUUCUUUCUUCGGGCGAAGCCCACAUGCAGGCGACUGGGUAUUUACCGUUGGAGGCUACCACCGCGCUUUCCAGGUUCCAACACACUAUCCAAAAGCCGCCAGGCUUGGAUUGGACUUCAACAUCAGUAUUAUUUCGAUCCGUGGAGAAUGCUACUUUGCAAUUACUCCUAAAGCAAUCAUGACUGGAGCACUGAUAAGAUGCGAGCUGCACAUUGGACCAGUAUUCGCUUGGCUAGAUGCUGCAUUUGAUGCCAUGGUCCAGUUUUCACCCUUGCAUUAUUGGGUCUCCAUGGGAGUAGAAGUUGGCGUCGAGUGCAGGAUUCCGUUGCUAUUCUGCACCGUCAAAAUUCGUAUCUGCAUUGGUGCGAGACUUGAAAUUGAAGGACCGGAAUUUGGUGGCAGUGCAUAUGUUGACUUCUGGUUCUUCUCAUUCUCAUUUGAUUUCGGAAAGAGGGUCGAAGAACCGCCUCCAAUCUCUCUUGAAGAGUUCUACCUUCUGUGUGAGAAGAGCGGGCCACCUGACGAGUCACCGAAUAGCUCGCCAGCAGAAGGCCUUGUGGUACAGCUUAAACUCAGUCUCGAAUCUGGCGCAUUUCCAAUGCCAUCCGUGGACAAGGAGGGCCAGUCAAAUCCAGAUGAUGCAGGUGCUGGUGCCAAAUGGUUUGUCAAGGGAGGAAACUUUCAAUUUCGUGUAUCUUCAGUCUUCGCCUUGACGGAAGCGUACCUGGAAACCGAAGAAAGUGCCCAACGUCAAGCCGACGGAACGACAGUGCUUAUUCUGGACCAAGAUACAUCUCUCAUGCAGAAAAUUGAUCCAGGAACGGCUCCAGCGAAGUUGUCAUCUCUACCCAUGGGUGUCUCAGCAAGUUCCCCUCCGGAUGGCAUAACCUCCAAAAUGUGUGUCGCCAUCCAAGACGUUGAUCCAAAAGGGGAGACCGUGGAGAAUUUCAAAGCCACAUUCAUCGUCAAAGAGAUGCCUCUCACUCUUUGGGCAGAUCCGAAACAUGCUCCUGAUCGUCUGACUGCCGAGAAAGGAACCGUUCAGCUCCCUAUGGCUGUCACCUUGUCUGCACCGGAACCAAUACUUGCAUUUGCAAAAAUACCUCCCUUUAAUGCAACCGACAUGUCGAAGUUAUGUGCUGGCUCAAAUGAGGUCCCCGAUCUCCCUGGCAUUGCUCAAUUCAUACUUCUGCCCGAAGUACUUGUACCCUCGACAGCGACACCUAGACAAAAGUGGGCAGAGAUGGAACAAACUUGGACAGCAGCAAGCACACAAAACAUUGACCUCGCGAAUAGUAUCACUGAACUGUGCAUGUCACAGCUUGGGUGGGACAAGCCGCGUCCAGACGUUGCGUUGAAGGCUGAGAUGACAAGCACGGAGCCUUGGAAGGUUCCCGUUGCUUUCCCAAUGAGACUGGUUGCCGGUACGAAUAGAGAGGAAUUGGGCAUUGAAGAUGGAUUGGACAGUUUCUAUUUGGAGCUGCCAAGAAUCACAGUUGCUCCCGUUAAUUAGCACUGAGUUUGUUUCGUACGGAAUUCUUAGGAGCUCGGCUAGCAACAAAUGCUAGUCCAGUUGUUCUCAAGCAACAUGGAAUGCUCAUUCGGGGAAUUUUCUGUGAAGCGUGAUUCUGAGUUAUCGCGAGGUUCCGCUUUCCGAGAAAGGAUGUUGAGCGCGAGAGUCGAAAACUCAAGGUGGACUGGAUAGAUGUGGAAGCGAACCGCUAGGGCAUGGUAGCAGGUGUUCCUGAACCAUCCACAGAACGUUGAGCUGGGGGGCAAGCGAUCUUGAUAUUUACCGGCAUACAUAUUAAGACGUUCUCCACAACAGAUAUUGUGACUUGAUAAAUGUCUAGUCGAAUGGACGGCGGCAAAACGGGCCGCUCCGAAUGGAGAACGUGACGUGAAAGUUUCGG